AUGUCUGAAGAUUGGAUUGCGAAUAAAAUCAAUGGAGGUGAAAUCACCGAAUAUAAGCUUGAGGACUUUGAAGAAUUCUCAACAAUCACUAUAGGUGCUUUCAGUAAAGUUUAUAAGGCAAGAUUACGAAGUACAAAGAACAUGUAUGCGUUGAAAAUUAUUGAGAAUAAUGAACAUAUUAAUAAAGAGCUUGUGAAUGAAUUGAAGCAUAUGAUUUCUAUGAAACCUCAUAAGAAUAUUAUUGAGUUUCAUGGCAUUAUUAAGCAUAAGGCAACUUUGGCAUUAAGAAUAAGAAACGGACUAAGAGAGAAACUAAUUGCUGAUACGCCUCACAAAUAUGUUACUAUUUAUGAGCAAUGUUGGCAGGGGACACAAGAUAAUCGACCAUCUAUCCAAGAAGUAGCUAUGGAAUUAAAAAAUAUUAUUGCCCAAAACACCGAAAUCAACAUUGAAGAUAUCGAUAAUACAAAAACUCUUGAAAUUUAUCUUGAUAACGCUUUUGGUAUUAAUAACGUUAAAAUUGAUUUAAAGCAUGAUAUGAUUCUUUUUGUAAACAAUCUAUAUUCGACUUUUAGUAAGCUAUUUAAUGAAGGUGGGUCGGUUAGUUAUAUAAUUAUAAAUUUCAUAUCCAAACAUAACAAGACCCCAGAAGAAGUUUUUAAUUGGUUGUUGAUAAAUAAUGAUAAUUCAAAGUAUAUCCUCCUACUUGGAUUAUUUUAUAAUUGGGGUAUUGGAACAGAUAAAAGUGACACGGAGUCAUUUGAUUUAUUUCUCAAUGCAGCAACAAAAGGCAAUGUAAUUGCACAGUAUUUUGUUGGAAGGUGCUAUGAAGUUGGUUGGAACACCAAGAAGAGUAUUAAGGAGGCAAUUGAAUGGUACAAUAAAGCAAUUGGGGAUGGAUGUCCAGCCGCAGAAUGUAUGCUUGGAAAUUAUUAUUAUAAAAAUGGUGAAUAUAUUCGAGCAUUUAAAUUACUCGAAAGCGCAGUUAAAAAAGGAAAUGUAGCAGCGAUGCAUACCUUAGGAUUAUGUUAUCAAAAAGGUCGUGGAACUAAUGCUAAUAUAGCUGAAGGAUUUAAAUUAUUUGAAGAGGCGGCUAAAAUGGGACUGCCUUCUUCACAAUAUGAACUUGGUCAAUGUUACGAAUAUGGUAAAGGAACAAAAGAAAAUUUGGAAAAGGCAUUAGAUUGGUACCAAAAAGCUGCAGAAAAAGAUCGUACUUACCGAAAUGAUCGUGAACGUGUAAAGCUUAGAAUUAUAAAAGAUCGUGGCUAA